CGGCCGUUCCUCGGCGACCCUGGGAGCAGCCCAAACCCCCCAGGCCGGCGCGCGCAGGUGUGGCGGACCCACGCGAGGACCGAGGGGAGGGGCGCCCGGCCCGGCCCGCCCCGCCCCGCCCCGAGUCCGCCCGCGGGAAGAUGGCGGCGGCGGGCGCGGGCUCUGAGAGCUCCGAGUGCUCCGCGGGGUCUGGGGGUCCCGGUGCGCGCGCGCUGGCGGCGGAGGAGGUGCGCGCGCGGCUACAGCGGAUGCGGCGGGCGCUGGGCAACCGCAGGAAGAUCCUGGUGCGCAACCUGCCGCGCGGCUGCGGGUGCCAGGAAGUCCACGAUUUGCUGAAGGAUUACGAGUUGAAGUAUUGUUAUGUGGACAGAAACAAACGGACAGCCUUCGUCACCUUGCUGGACGGGGACCAGGCGCGCAGCGCCAUCCGGACGUUCCACCAGGCCUCCUUCCGGGGCAGGGACCUCGUGGUGCAGCUGCAGCCCACGGACGCACUGCUGUGCGUCACCAGGCUGCCCCAGUCCCUGACGCUGGAGGAGUUCGAGGCGCUCGUCCGCACCUACGGAAGCAUCGAGCGGUGCUUCCUGGUCUACAGCGAGGUGACUGGCCUGUCCAAGGGCUAUGGCUUUGUGGAGUACAUGAAGAAGGACGCGGCGGCCCGGGCCCGGCUGGAGCUGCUGGGCAAGCGGCUGGGGCCCUCGGCGCUGUUCGCGCAGUGGAUGGACGUCAACCUGCUGGCUUCCGAGCGCGUCCACUCCCGCUGCCUCUGUGUGGACCAGCUCCCGGCCAACUACAGCGACUCUGGGGAGCUGCUGCGCUGCUUCUCUGGCGUCCACACGCCGGUGUUCUGCCAGCUGGCCCAGGACGAAGGACGCUGCGCGGGGGGCUUCGCAGUCGUGGAGUACAGCAGCGCCCAGCACGCCGAGGAGGCACGGCAGGCGGCCUCGGGCCUGAGCAUCGGGGGCCACACGGUGCAGGUGUCCUUCUGUGCCCCAGGGGCACCGGGCCGGAGCACGCUGGCAGCCCUGAUCGCAGGGCAGCGCUCGGUACAGAGUGGCCAGAAGGGGCUGCUCCCCGAGCCAAGCCCGGUGCAGAUCAUGAAGGGACUGAGCAACCCAGCCACACUGCAGGUGCUGCUGCAGCCCCGGCAGAGCACGUGUGCGGCGAAGCCAGUGGUUCUUGGUGGACCUCCCAGCCUGUCGCAGCUGAUCAGCCCCCCGGUAACCCCCACAUUCUUACACCUGAAUCAAGCACACCAGAGCUCGCUGCUGCCCAGAGUGCCGUCUAUGUCCCUAGCAAAGCUACCGCUGCUGAAGCUCGAGGGCAUCCGCACCAACAACAAGCCCGGCCUGCUGGGGGAGCCCCCCGCCCUGGUCCUGCAGACGGCACUUGGGGUGGGGCUGGCGCUGCCGCUGAGGAGGGAGCCAGGACACCCGGGAGAGACACCAAAAAGUAAAUCCCUGAGUCUGGUUCCGACUCCAGCAACCCUUGCUGCUGCCCUAGGUCUGCUCCCCUUCUUUCCAAGCCAGUGCAGCGUGGGACAGGCCGGCCCGGGGCUGGAGAGCGUUCAGGAGAAGCACUUGGCUACCGUGGGCGUCAUAGAAGGGGGCCUCUCAGGGCCACAACCGUGUCUGCAGAGCUUUGCCAGCCUUGCUGCCAGGGGCCUGCAAGCCGUACAGCCCAGGCAGCCACCACAGAAGCAGCCAGCAGGAGCAGCAUCAGAGCCGCUCUUGCUAAGUGCUGAUGCCUUUGAGAAAGAGGCCGCCUCUCAGACUCAGACCUCGCUCCUUGGAGAACCACCCAGAGAAAUUCGGCUCAGCAGAAACCCAUACCUGAACCUGGCGAGCGUGCUGCCCGGGGUGUGCCUGGCAUCUGCCGCUGGUCAAGUCACCCUGCAGACGCCUGGCCUGGUCAGCACCAUCCUGGACAAGUGUGCCCCUUCCUGUCCGCCCUUUGGGGAUUCUGCCCAGAGCAGCUGCUGGUCCCGGGCUCAGGUGGCCAUGCACUUCGAUGACCACACUUCCGGGGCUGGCUUUGAAGCCAUCAGCAGCCAUCGACCUGAGAGCCAUAGGGGACUUAUUAGAAACCCAGCAGACACUGGAGCGCAAGCCAUGUGCUGGCAGCCUGCACAGCCCACACCCACCUUCAGAUCAGCUGAAUCCAAGGACAAGGGCGCUGCGCAGACUGGUCAUCCCUGUGUUGUGCUGUUUCGCUUGGCAUCUUAUCGGUGUGUUCCGAGAGCCCCUGCAUUACUUUGGCUGGGAGUCCCAUCGCCCGUUUACUCAGCCCUUCUGUGGCGUGCCAGUGCCUCUCACCUGCUCCUGCGUCCUCCGUCCUCCGUCCUCCCAGGUAACAUGAGUGCGUGGCUCCCGCUGUUCUUGCCCUUGAAGUGCCCAGGACUGUUUGCAGGUGUCCCCCCUGCGGACGGAGAAGCGCAGCUCGGCCUAUCUGCUCCCCAGCCCUGAGGCAGCGGGGGACGGAGGGGAACGGGCCGGCCAGGGCAUGGCUGUGCGCUACGUGGAGACCUACCUGAAGAAGAAGCGCGUGUCCUGAGUGUGGGCGCCUGCCAGGCAGUCUUGGCUGCCCGGCGCUGCCUUGUCUCCCACCCCAAAGGCCACAGCCUCCGGAGGGUCCGAUCCGGCUCCCUGCCACGUCCCAGAGGCAGCGGGAAGGAGAGCUUGGCCGAAACCACUUCGUGUGCACGUGACUGUCACUUCCAGCUCUCUGGAGAAACUGCCACAACUGUCCUCGUGUCAGCACCAGGGGCCAUCGUGACACCGUGUGUGAAAUCUGAAGCAAUAAACGGGAAACAGCCAUCUCCUCA